AUGACAUCAAAAGGUCGGCCUAGAGAUACAAUCUGGAUUGAUUUCAAAGAAAUUAAAGGAGGGGCUUAUCCAAAAGCUGAAUGCAAACAUUGUCAUAAAGUAAUUGCAGGUUUAACAUCAAGACUAAAAAACCAUAUUUCGAACUGUCCACAAAAACAACUGCAUCCACUGGAAUCUGAAUUUGAUGAAACUGAAAGUCAUGGUAUCAUAAAUGAAAACAUUGAUAAUACUAAUUCCCCAACUUCUUCAACUUCACAAAAUCAUCAAACACACACAGCUUAG